AGUCCAUUCCAGCCAAUUCGCUUAGUUCCUCCUGAGCUCACCUCUCUCCUGGACACAGUUCCCACACUCCACCUGACCAGGAUAUCACAUUGACCGCAUUCGUCCGCUUCGUAAGCGCCAUCAUCGCCAACUCGUCAUGCGAGUGGUUUCGCGCGACGCGCUCCCCCGAAACCCCGCUCUCCCCCCGUUCUCCCAGAAGCCUGUACCGAAUCCGUCCGUAUCGAAUCCGUCCUUACAGGGCCCGCUUUUCGCUCUCGCGUGCGUCAUCCUCGUCAUCCUCUCCCUGCUCCUGCUCUCCCCCCCUGGGGAAUAUCCCAACGGAAAUGUUUAUUAUGGCUCGGCGGCAAGUGGUGGCGGACCGUACGGCAGCAGCGGCGUGGUUCGCAGUGUUCCCUCGCCGCCUGACGAUAAGGAGUUCAAGGAGUUUAUAACGGAGCAGCAGAUGCUGGCGCAUGCUAAUAACGUGUACAAGAUGAACCUCCGUCGCCGCCUCGCCCAGCUCGGCUCAUUGCAGCCGCCCAAGCUGGACGUGCUGCAGAGCCAGCUGUCCAUCCUCGUGCCCACCUUCCCCUGCCCCAAGGAGGAGAGGGUCGGCGUGUGGGCAGACGGCCGUAAGUGGCUGUGCAACAUGAAGGCGUUUCUACCAGACAAGCCAGUCGUGUACAGCAUAGGGUCAGGCGGCGAGUACUCGUUCGAAAAGGACAUGUUCUUCAAGUUCCCUCUCACCCGCCCCCUCACCUUCGACCCCUUCCUCGACCCCUCCCUCGCCGCCUCCCUCCAAGCGCUCUCCUUCCUCCGCUUCCUCCCCAUCGGCCUCGCCGGCGCGGGGGUCAUCGAGCGAGCAAAAGUGGACCGACCAGGGCUGCAGUUUAUGACGGUUAGAGAGAUCAUGGCGGCGAAUAACCACUCCUAUGUGGAUGUGUUUAAGGUGGACUGUGAUGGGUGCGAGGAGACGAUGGUGUAUGAUAUCAAGGCGGGGAGGAGGGAGGGCGUGGAGGGGGGCGUGGGGAAGGGGGUUGGUGUGUGGGAAGGGGGUGGAGGGAGUGGGAUUGGGGAUGGGAGUGGAGGGGGGAGAGGAGGAGAGGGAGGGGAGGGAGGGGAGGGAAGGGCGGGAAGGGAGGGAAGGGAGGGGGAGUUGGAGGAGUUUAGCAGAGUGAAGCCGUUUGGAGACCCUGCGAUUGGGCAGAUACUGAUUGACUUGCACCAUGUAAACAAUCCUGACAUCACCCUCCCAAUAAUCUACCAUCUCGAGAGCGUGGGCUAUUUGCUCUUCCACGUGGAGCCCAGUGCACGCCACCCCGACUGCUGCGUCGAGCUCUCCUUCAUUCACCAGGCGCUGCUGCAGCCCUGGGGCACGUCGUAUAGAGACUUCCAGCGGUGGAAGAAAGCAAGGGGCAAGUGAGGGACUUUUCGAGGCUCCGCAAUACUGGCUGCUGUGCUGUGCUCACCUUCAUUCAUCAGGCGCUGCUGCAGCCCUGGGGCACGUCGUAUAGAGACUUCCAGCAGUGGAAGAAGGCAAGGGGCAAGAGAUGUCCUUACAAGCGCAAUCUUCAAGACUAACAGCUGCGUUGAGCACCAGGCCCUAUCGCAGCCCUCGUAAACGUUAUAUAGGGACUUUUAGCAGUGGAAGAAAGCAAGGGGCAAGUGACGCUCGUAUAGAAGAUGCUCUCCAAAGCUCUCACCUUGCCUGGUGCGUUCAGCUCUCCUUCAUUCACCAGACCAGGCCCUGCUGCAGCUGCCCUGCAGGGACUUACAAAGGCAGCAAAGGCCGAGAGGAAAGUGAAAUACUUGGGUUAGUGAAAACUGACUGUUGAGAUGAACUUUCUGUUAAAUUAUAUAUGUUCGUAUAUAAUUGUAGGCUUGGUAGACAUUACUGAACAUUACUGUAGAGGGUACAACACCCCUCCUUGUAUCCCUCUCUCUUCCUAGUCAACUCUCUUUUC